CCGCUCAUGUCAGGCUGCGCCCGCCGCGCCGGAGGGGCCGCGGUGAUCCCUGCGGCUGGGCACGGCUCGCCGCUGGCGGCUCGCUUGCUUCCUUCAAUUUCCCUCCCCCACGACUCCCCUGCCCCAAACGUCCUUUUUUUUUUCUUCUUUUUUUAAAAAUUAUUUUUGGAGGAGGAGAAGUGCGAAAUUAGCCAAAAAUGAGCCAAAAUGUCUGAGAAAAUGUCCAGCUUUCUGUACAUCGGGGACAUCGUGUCCCUAUACGCAGAGGGCUCGGUCAACGGAUUCAUCAGCACCCUGGGGUUAGUGGAUGACAGAUGUGUGGUUCAGCCAGAAGCAGGUGACCUUGCUAACCCUCCGAAGAAGUUCAGAGAUUGCCUUUUCAAGGUGUGUCCUAUGAACCGAUAUUCAGCCCAGAAGCAAUACUGGAAAGCCAAACAAGCUAAACAAGGAAACCAUACAGAAGCAGCACUGCUGAAGAAACUUCAGCAUGCAGCAGAAUUGGAACAAAAGCAGAAUGAAAGUGAGAACAGAAAGCUGUUGGGCGAAAUUGUGAAGUAUAGCAAUGUCAUACAGUUACUGCAUAUAAAAAGUAACAAAUACCUCACAGUCAAUAAGAGAUUGCCAGCUCUGCUAGAGAAGAAUGCUAUGCGGGUGUCUCUGGAUGCUGCAGGAAAUGAGGGAUCCUGGUUUUAUAUCCAGCCAUUUUGGAAACUGAGGAGUGAAGGUGACAAUGUAGUCGUGGGAGAUAAAGUUGUACUGAUGCCAGUAAAUGCAGGGCAACCUCUGCAUGCCAGCAACAUUGAGCUUCUAGAUAACCCUGGCUGCAAAGAGGUAAAUGCUGUUAACUGUAACACAAGUUGGAAGAUAACUUUGUUCAUGAAAUUCAGUAGUUACCGUGAUGAUGUACUGAAAGGAGGAGAUGUUGUCAGAUUGUUUCACGCAGAGCAAGAGAAGUUUCUGACCUGUGAUGAAUAUGAGAAGAAACAACAUAUUUUCCUUCGUACUACAUUACGUCAAUCAGCCACUUCUGCAACAAGUUCUAAAGCACUGUGGGAAAUAGAGGUUGUCCAUCAUGAUCCUUGCCGAGGAGGGGCAGGGCAGUGGAAUAGCUUAUUUAGAUUUAAGCACUUGGCAACUGGAAACUACCUAGCUGCGGAGCUUAACCCACACUAUCCGGAAGGUAAUAAUGACGGAAAAGCUUUGCAGAGAGACGGCGACCUUCCUGCUUCAAAGAAGAAACGCCAAGCAGGGGAGAAGAUUAUGUAUACUUUGGUCUCCGUGCCACACGGAAAUGACAUCGCAUCUCUCUUUGAACUGGAUGCCACCACUCUUCAGAGAGCUGAUUGCCUAGUUCCAAGGAAUUCAUAUGUCCGACUGAGGCAUUUAUGCACUAAUACCUGGGUCACUAGUACUAGUAUUCCCAUAGAUACUGAUGAAGAGAGGCCGGUGAUGUUGAAGAUUGGGACAUGCCAAACAAAAGAGGACAAGGAAGCUUUUGCCAUUGUAUCAGUUCCUCUAUCUGAGGUCAGAGACUUGGACUUUGCCAAUGAUGCCAACAAGGUUUUAGCAUCAACUGUUAAAAAGCUGGAAAAUGGAACAAUAACCCAGAAUGAAAGGAGGUUUGUAACCAAGUUACUGGAAGAUCUCAUUUUCUUCGUUGCGGAUGUGUCUAAUAAUGGGCAGGAAGUCUUGGAUGUGGUCAUUACCAAGCCAAACCGUGAACGACAAAAACUAAUGAGAGAACAAAAUAUAUUGGCCCAGAUAUUUGGGAUCCUCAAAGCUCCUUUCAAGGACAAAGGUGAAGGAUCAAUGCUGAGACUUGAAGAUCUAGGUGAUCAGAGAUAUGCUCCGUACAAAUACAUGUUAAGGUUAUGUUACAGAGUUCUGAGACAUUCCCAGCAAGACUAUAGGAAGAACCAGGAAUACAUUGCAAAGAACUUCUGCGUCAUGCAGUCCCAGAUUGGUUAUGAUAUUUUGGCAGAAGACACCAUCACAGCUUUGUUGCACAACAACAGAAAACUGCUAGAGAAACACAUCACGGCUAAAGAAAUAGAGACAUUUGUUAAUUUACUCAGGAGAAAUCGAGAGCCAAGAUUCUUGGAUUAUCUAUCAGACCUGUGUGUAUCUAACACCACAGCAAUACCAGUAACUCAGGAGCUUAUCUGCAAGUUUAUGCUGAGUCCAGGAAAUGCUGACAUUCUCAUUCAGACGAAGUUGGUCUCAGCACAGAUGGACAAUCCCUUGGAAUGCCCAGUUAUCUCAGAUGACAUUGAUGAUGAGGAGGUGUGGCUGUACUGGAUUGACAGCAACAAAGAACCUCACGGAAAAGCUGUCAGACAUCUGGCUCAGGAGGCAAAGGAAGGCACAAAAGCUGAUUUAGAAGUUCUUACCUAUUACAGAUAUCAAUUGAACCUCUUUGCAAGAAUGUGCCUGGAUCGCCAAUAUCUAGCCAUCAACCAGAUUUCUGCACAGCUGUCAGUAGACUUGAUCUUACGAUGUAUGUCUGAUGAAAGCCUCCCCUACGACCUCCGGGCUUCUUUUUGCCGGCUGAUGCUACACAUGCAUGUAGACAGAGAUCCUCAGGAAUCUGUGGUACCUGUCAGAUAUGCCAGACUGUGGACUGAAAUUCCUACCAAGAUCACAAUCCAUGAGUAUGAUUCUUUCACAGAUUCUUCGAGGAAUGAAAUGAAGAGGAAAUUUGCACUAACUAUGGAAUUUGUAGAAGAGUACUUGAAAGAAGUUGUAAAUCAGCCCUUUCCAUUUGGAGACAAAGAGAAAAAUAAACUUACAUUUGAGGUGGUACAUCUGGCUCGAAAUCUUAUAUACUUUGGCUUUUAUAGUUUUAGUGAGCUUCUCAGACUGACCCGGACACUACUGGCAAUUCUAGAUAUUGUUCAAGUUCCUAUGUCAUCAUACUUCGAAAGACUGAGCAAGUUUCAGGAUGGAGGAAACAAUGUUAUGAGGACAAUCCAUGGUGUAGGAGAGAUGAUGACCCAAAUGGUAUUGAGCAGAGGAUCUAUAUUUCCCAUCAGUGCCCCUGAUGUACAGCCAAGCAUCCACCCAAGCAAGCAAGCCAGCACCUCAGAGAGUGAAGAUGUAAUUGUAAUGGACACCAAAUUGAAAAUCAUUGAGAUUUUGCAGUUUAUUCUCAGUGUUAGACUGGAUUAUAGAAUAUCCUACAUGCUGUCUAUCUAUAAGAGAGAGUUUGGGGAAAACAAUGAAAACGUUGAUAGCUCUACGGCCUCCUCGCCUGACACACCAGGGAUUGCCUCAGCAGUUGUUCCUGACAUAGAUGAAAUUGCAGCUCAGGCUGAAACAAUGUUUGCUGGCAGAAAAGAAAAAAAUGCCGUUCAGCUUGAUGAUGAAGGGGGCAGAACAUUUUUACGGGUCCUCAUUCACCUCAUCAUGCAUGACUACCCUCCUUUGCUCUCAGGCGCUCUGCACCUGCUAUUUAAGCACUUCAGCCAGAGAGCAGAAGUUCUACAAGCAUUUAAACAGGUUCAGUUGCUGGUGUCUAAUCAAGAUGUGGAUAACUACAAGCAAAUCAAGGCUGAUCUUGAUCAGCUACGUCUAACUGUAGAAAAAUCUGAACUAUGGGUUGAGAAGAGCAGCAAUUAUGAGAGUGGAGAGGUGGGCGACAAUCAAACCAAAGGGGGAGAAGAACCAAUAGAGGAGCCAAAUAUUUUGAGUCCAAUACAGGAUGGGACCAAAAAACCACAGAUAGACAGCAAUAAAAGCAAUAACUACAACAUUGUUAAGGAGAUUUUGAUUCGACUUAGCAAACUGUGCAUCCAGAAUAAAAAGUGUCGGAAUCAGCAGCAACGAUUACUGAAAAACAUGGGUGCCCACUUGGUGGUCUUGGACCUUCUGCAAAUACCCUAUGAAAAGAAUGAUGAAAAGAUGAAUGAAGUUAUGAAUCUGGCCCAUACUUUUCUUCAGAAUUUCUGCCGAGGAAAUCCUCAGAAUCAAGUUCUUCUCCACAAAAAUCUCAAUUUAUUCUUAACUCCGGGACUUCUGGAAGCUGAAACCAUGCGGCAUAUCUUCAUGAAUAAUUACCUUCUGUGUAAUGAAAUUAGUGAAAGAGUGGUGCAGCACUUUGUACACUGUAUUGAGACCCAUGGCCGUCAUGUGGAAUACCUGCGCUUCCUGCAGACCAUUGUAAAAGCAGAUGGCAAAUAUGUGAAAAAAUGCCAGGACAUGGUAAUGACAGAGCUGAUAAAUGGCGGUGAAGAUGUGUUGAUUUUCUACAAUGAUAGAGCAUCGUUUCCAGUCCUGCUCCAGAUGAUGUGCUCAGAGCGAGAUCGAGCGGAUGAGAGUGGACCCUUAGCCUAUCAUGUUACACUAGUGGAAUUGCUGGCAGCUUGCACAGAAGGAAAGAAUGUGUAUACAGAGAUCAAGUGCAAUUCACUCCUGCCACUGGAUGAUAUAGUGAGAGUAGUGACCCAUGAUGACUGUAUACCUGAGGUGAAAAUUGCCUAUGUUAAUUUUGUUAACCACUGUUAUGUGGACACUGAAGUGGAAAUGAAAGAAAUCUAUGCCAGUAACCAUAUUUGGAAAUUAUUUGAGAACUUCCUUGUUGAUAUGGCAAGGGUUUGUAACACAACCACAGAUCGGAAACAUGCAGACACGUCUCUGGAGAAAUAUGUCACUGAGCCAGUAAUGAACAUUGUGAGUGGCUUCUUCAAUUCUCCAUUUUCAGAUAACAGCACAAGCCUCCAGACACAUCAGCCUGUUUUUAUUCAGCUGCUGCAGUCUGCUUUUAGAAUUUAUAACUGUACCUGGCCAAACCCAACUCAGAAAGCCUCAGUGGAGUCAUGUAUCAAAACUUUGGCUGAAGUAGCAAAGAACCGUGGGAUUGCAAUUCCGGUGGAUUUGGACAGCCAGGUUAACACCUUGUUCAUGAAGAGUCACUCUAACAUGGUGCAGAGAGCAGCCAUGGGGUGGAGGAUGUCAGCCCGCAGUGGACCUCGUUUUAAAGAAGCUCUUGGUGGGCCUGCCUGGGAUUACAGGAAUAUCAUAGAAAAACUACAGGAUGUAGUGUCCUCCUUGGAGCAGCAGUUCACUCCCAUGAUGCAGGCUGAAUUUUCAGUGCUGGUUGAUGUGUUGCAUAGUCCAGAGCUACUUUUUCCAGAGGGGAGUGAUGCCAGAAUAAGAUGUGGUGCUUUCAUGUCCAAGUUGAUUAAUCACACAAAGAAGCUAAUGGAGAAAGAAGAGAAGCUCUGCAUUAAAAUUCUUCAGACAUUACGAGAAAUGCUUGACAAGAAAACUAACUUUGCAGAAGAGGGCAACACUUUAAGGAAAAUACUCCUGUAUCGCUAUUUUAAAGGAGACUAUGGAAGUGGUAUGAAUGGGCCGCUGUCUGGUAGCUACAGCAAAACUGCACAAGUGGGAGGUGGAUUUUCGGGACAAGACUCAGAUAAGUCUGGGGUAUCCAUGUUUGAUAUUCAGUGCCUUUUGGAUAAAGAAGGGGCAUCAGAACUAGUCAUAGAUGUUAUAGUAAACACCAAAAAUGACAGAAUCUUCUCAGAAGGCAUUUUGCUUGGUAUUGCAUUGCUUGAAGGUGGAAAUGCACAAACACAGUAUUCAACUUACCAGCAAUUGAAGGAACAAAAAAAGUCAGAAAAAUUCUUUAAAGUCCUGUAUGACCACAUGAAAGCUGCUCAGCAGGAGAUACGAUCAACGGUGACAGUUAACACUAUUGAUUUGGGGACCAAAAAGAAGGAUGAUGAUAGUGACCUAACUGUAUCUGUUCCCAAAAAGAGAGUAAAGGAUUCAACACUCCAUCUGAAAGAAGGUAUGAAAGGACAGUUAACGGAAGCAUCUUCUGCAACUUCCAAGGCUUACUCUGUGUACAGGAGAGAAAUGGACCCAGAAAUAGAUCUUAUAGGCUCAGGAACAGAUGCUGCAAAUGCAGAAGAGAAGUCCACAGAAGAAGCGAUAAUGAGCCCUGCUAUUGCAAUCAUGCAGCCAAUAUUAAGAUUUCUCCAGUUGCUAUGUGAAAACCACAACCGAGAGCUGCAGAAUUUUUUAAGACAUCAGAACAACAAAACAAAUUACAACCUUGUUUGUGAGACUCUUCAAUUUUUGGACUGUAUCUGUGGAAGUACAACAGGUGGACUGGGGUUAUUGGGACUUUACAUCAAUGAGAGGAACGUGGCUCUUGUGAAUCAGACUCUGGAAAGCUUGACUGAAUAUUGCCAAGGUCCAUGCCAUGAAAAUCAGACCUGCAUAGCCACUCAUGAGUCUAAUGGGAUUGAUAUUAUAAUUGCACUCAUCCUGAAUGACAUAAACCCUCUUGGCAAAUACUGCAUGGACUUGGUACUUCAGCUAAAGAACAAUGCCUCCAAGCUUUUGCUGGCUAUUAUGGAAAGCAGGCAUGACAGCGAGAAUGCGGAAAGAAUCCUUUUCAACAUGAGACCAAGGGAACUGGUGGAUGUGAUGAAGAAUGCAUAUAACCAAGGUCUAGAAUGUGACCAUGAGGAGGAGAAUGGAGAUGAUGGCAUCUCUCCAAAAGAUGUUGGCCAUAAUAUCUAUAUAUUGGCACAUCAGUUGGCUCGCCACAAUAAAAUACUGCAGCAGAUGCUGAAGCCAGGUUCAGAUCCAGAUGAAGGAGAUGAAGCCUUGAGGUAUUACGCCAAUCAUACAGCACAGAUAGAGAUUGUUCGUCAUGAUAGAACAAUGGAACAGAUUGUCUUCCCUGUCCCCAAUAUCUGUGAAUUCCUGACUCGGGAAUCCAAAAGUCGUGUAUUCAAUACAACAGAAAGAGAUGAGCAAGGGAGCAAAGUGAAUGAUUUUUUCCAACAAACAGAGGAUCUGUACAAUGAAAUGAAAUGGCAAAAGAAAAUUCGGAAUAAUCCACCCCUGUUCUGGUUUUCUAGACAUAUCUCUCUCUGGGGGAGCAUUUCCUUCAACCUUGCUGUAUUCAUCAAUUUAGCAGUUGCUCUGUUCUACCCCUUUGGAGAUGAUGGAGAUGAAGGCACGCUUUCUCCAUUGUUUUCAGUCCUCCUUUGGAUAGCAGUGGCACUUUGUACAGCGAUGCUGUUUUUCAUCUCGAAGCCUGUUGGUAUUCGACCCUUUUUGGUGUCUGUUAUUCUCAGGUCUAUAUAUACUAUAGGGCUCGGUCCCACCUUGAUACUUCUUGGUGCUGCCAAUCUUUGUAACAAAAUAGUGUUUCUGGUGAGCUUUGUUGGGAACCGUGGAACGUUUACUCGUGGCUACAGAGCGGUCAUCAUGGACAUGGCUUUUCUCUAUCACGUAGCGUAUGUCCUGGUCUGCAUGCUGGGCCUCUGCGUGCAUGAAUUCUUCUAUAGUUUCCUGCUGUUUGAUCUGGUGUACAGAGAAGAGACUCUGCUAAAUGUGAUAAAAAGCGUUACCCGAAAUGGUCGUUCCAUUAUCCUCACUGCAGUGCUAGCACUCAUCCUAGUUUAUCUCUUCUCCAUCAUCGGGUUCCUGUUCUUGAAAGAUGACUUUAUCAUGGAGGUGGACAGGCUGAAAAUCAGGACCCCUGUUGCAGGUAUUGGUGAAGUUCCCACUACAACCCUCACAUCAAUGAUGGGAGCCUGUGCAAAAGAGAACUGUUCUACAAGCAUCCCACUUACUAACCCAGGUGAGGAAGAGGAGGAUGGGAUUGAAAGGACCUGUGACACCCUGCUCAUGUGCAUUGUGACAGUAUUAAACCAAGGCCUGCGAAAUGGCGGUGGCGUGGGAGACGUGCUCAGAAAGCCUUCCAAAGAUGAGCCCUUGUUUGCUGCGCGAGUUGUUUAUGAUCUUCUGUUUUAUUUCAUUGUCAUAAUUAUUGUUCUAAACCUAAUCUUUGGAGUCAUCAUUGAUACAUUCGCUGAUCUCAGGAGUGAAAAACAGAAAAAAGAGGAAAUACUAAAGACAACCUGUUUCAUCUGUGGACUGGAGAGAGACAAAUUUGAUAACAAGACAGUUUCAUUUGAAGAGCAUAUAAAGUCAGAACACAACAUGUGGCAUUAUUUGUAUUUUAUAGUUCUUGUCAAAGUUAAAGAUCCAACUGAAUACACUGGUCCUGAGAGCUAUGUGGCACAAAUGAUUGUGGAGAAGAAUUUAGACUGGUUCCCUCGGAUGAGAGCCAUGUCCCUGGUUAGCAAUGAAGGAGACAGUGAGCAAAAUGAAAUUAGGAACCUGCAAGAGAGGCUGGAGUCAACCAUGAGCCUUGUGAAACAGCUUUCUGGUCAGCUUGCCGAGCUCAAGGAACAGAUGACAGAACAAAGGAAGAAUAAGCAGAGGCUGGGCUUUCUCGGAUCAAACACACCCCAUGUGAAUCAUCACAUGCCACCACCCUGAUACCAGGGGGAGAAGCCGUGACUAGCCUUUCAUCAGUAUUCCUGCUUUAUUAUAGAAUAAAAAGCUGAGAUUGAGAGGAGUGAACAGUGCCUAUUGUUACAAAGUUAAAAACAACCACGUGCCAAGAUGUGAAGUGGUUUCGCUCUGGGAACAAUUUGUAGCUGUUUUUCAUGGUUGAAAGGGACCACAACCUAGAAUGCGAGAGAUGCAAGGGAGACGGUUUGUAUUCAUCCAAGGGGUCCCGCUCAGCUGGGCUCGCGCUCUGCAGCUCAAUGGCUUCAGCAGUAACUGUGUGCGAUGCAUGUCGCGGCAGCGUUCGGCCGCAUCCUUAGAGCUGUCUCAAGAUUUCUCCAUAAAGCAGUGGAAUAACCAUGACGAGCAGAAGGAGAGAAGCUUAUUAGUGCAAAUGCAACAGCCUGGUUCAGAAUCAAUAGCAGUUAUUUCUUGUCUUAUUUGCCAAAUAGCGACAUUAGUCAUAUUUGCUUGGCAUUUACUAUUUUUUAAUUACCAUAAAUAUGUCAGUGGGAAAAGCAAUAAUGUUGCUACAAGUUAACUUCUACUAGGAGGGAAAGGAGAGAAACCUCAAAAGACUGAAAAAAGAAGAAAAAAAAAGAAAGAGUUGCAAAGAGGAACAUUAAUGCUUUUGAAUUUUAGCUGUCACCAUGCAAUUUCUUAUUUAUAACAUGGAGCACAAUGGAUCUACAGCUGUGGGAAUGUUACGCACAUAACACUGACAACAUAACUGGAAGUGAUUUCUUUCUCCUGGAUUCAGAUGGUCUCGAUUAACGUGGCCAUGAGAUUUCACAUGCUGAGGAGUUAAACUGUGUUUUAAAUUCAGGUUCCAGUGGAGGAUUCAGGAAAAAAAAAUAUAUACCUGUAGUUUGAGGUGUGUAUGGGAAAUCUUUUAGUUUCCUGUAAAAAGCUUAGAAACGUCUUCAUAGAUGGAGUCGUAAUGGUGUCAUUACCUUCCAUAAACGCACCAGCAGCGAGAGCUGACUUAGUAAAUAAGCACCAUGUUCUGCCAGCUUUCUUCUGAGCUAAAGGUCCUGGAUUUAACCUUCCUUUGCCCUUCUUGCCUGGGUUCAGGAGCUUGCUGGACUGGCCUCUCCAGUAAGGCCUGGCUGCUGAGGGAGAGGGGGAAAGGGCCGAGCAGGUCCUUUCCUCUCCUAGGCUCGAAGAAAGGCAGCAUCCGAGUCACCUGUACAGGUUUCUGCUCUAUACUGUAUUUUCUGGGAUGGAUUUCUGGAUUUAACAGAGCCCAAGAGGCUUUUAGGAGAGGAUUUUGGGGGCAAAAAUGGGAGUUGUCCCAAUUCACUUUCCUUUUCAGAGGAAUUUGAACAUCUAAUUGUCCUUGGUACCUCUGAAAAUGUCUCCGUUAAGUGGAGGGUUUUAGUAACAGUGCAGUCACUUUCUAAGGCAAAAUAUUUUGCAAUGAUUUCCCUCCAUGACAUUCCUGUUUUGUUAAAACUAUUUUGAUCAAAGGUGAAAAUGUUACUGGUUCCAGUAUUUCUAAAAUAUCUCUAAAGAAAUCCAGUCAUAUUAUUAUGACACAGUUCAAACCAACAGACCUAGAUGAACGGGAAAGGAGGGGCAUUUCCCUCCCUUCAUCCUUUUCUUGGAAGUCAUCUCUUUUGCAUGUCAAUGAACUGGAGGAGAUGAAAAUAAUAUACUUUGGGGUCUGACUGUUCUGUCAUUAGAACAUUUCCCUUUGGCUUCAGUUGGGUUCUUCAAAAACACGGUGUGGAAAGCAGGGUUUUGUGUAUUAUUUUAUGAAAAGAAGAUGUCUAUGCUGAGAACACUGUUGAUUUUCCUUUAGCCCAUAGAGCAUCCUGGUUGAGAGAGGUGACAGCUGUAUCUGGGCUCAGGGUGUGUUUUACCUGUAAAAAGUUCUCCCAGAAACUUAGAUCCAGCCAGCUCUUUGCCUUCACAUACAAAGGUGGUUACCAGCAAUGGUACAAAGGCAAUAAAAGUGAGUCGUGGGGAACCAAACAAUUUCUUGUACCUCUUCUGCUGGUAUCCUGCUCUCAGCCCCAGUGCAGCCAGGCUUUGGCUGGUGCCCCGGCAGAAGGAGUUCUUGAAGGCGACAAAAGCUGGGCUCGAGCUGAUCUAGGCUGCAUUUUUGCAUCCAAGGCAGGAGAUAUAUUUUCCAUUCAGUGUUGUCUGAUCUUGGAGAGAAGGAAUAAAUACAGCUGUGGCCCGGGGAGGUGACAGCAGGAAAUCUAGGCAAGAAGAGAGCUUGCAGCAGAAUACAGAAAAGCAGUUGUCUUCUGUGAAUGGCUGAGAUCUAUUAGGAAUAAAUCUUGGAGCGUGCUUUGCUUUCAUGCUUGCUGUGUACGAGGCCUUGAUGUUCCUGCUCUGAGGAAGCAGUGCUGGUGGAAACCCCUGCAGUAAGCCUUGUCUCUCUGCGAGGAAAGGGCUUCAUGUACCAGUUAGCAUUCAGCACUGGGAGGCUCACAGGGAAUUUAUUCUGGGAGUUGCAUCAGCCACGUGCCUUGCAGCAACCAACCUCCAGUGUAAAAUAAGGCCACAUUUUGUAAAAUAAGGUCACAUUUGCCUCUCUGACUAGACCUAUUGUAAAUCAUGAAGCCAAAAGACAUCCAUGCCAAUGCAAAAAUCAACGUAAGUUUGUAGAAAAUCAGACCCUGCAGCUGUAUUAAUUCAGAUUAGUUUGUGCAGUUCAUCAACUCUAGCCACAGCCUCUGUUUUAAUUGCAGUUUCCUCUUCCUCACAUCCACAUAUGGUUAUUAGAGGUAUAAGGCACAGUUUAUUGGAACUAAGAUACAUUAAAUGAUCGCUAUGUAUUAGGUGGUGGGAUUGGCUAAUACUGGAAGUAGUUGGCACUUUUGUUGUUUACACGUGGAAAAUCAACGGAACCACUGCACAUAAAGAGAGGUUUCUGCCAUUUGAGCUGGAAAACUUGAGAAUCGAUGUGCUUGUGCCCUGAGUUUGUGUCUGCAGUUGCCUGCUGCUAGUGCUCCCUCUGUCCUGCACCCUGACUGACAUCCACCUCGGCUCAAGAGCGCAGCUAUUGCUGUUUAGAAGGAAGAGCUAAAACAUCAAAAAUUACGAGCUAAUGGAUGCUGAUUAGCAUUUGCCACGGCGCCUUUCUGCUCUUCAUAGCUUCUGAGGGAAACCUCCAUGAUUGAUAAAAGUAGGUAAUGCUACUUGCACGGAUUGUAAAUAUAUUUCACUUGAGCAUUUUGACAUUUUUGCUGAUUCUGCCAAAGCUUGGGCCCUAUCCUGCACCUCUCAUCCAUGUGAGCAAUCCAUUCCCAUGCAAGUAGUAACUUCCACAGGAGACUUCUUACAUGAGUAACAGUUGCAGGGGCCAGAGCUCAAGCCUUAAAGAUUGUGAAAUAUCCCCAUCAAUAAGUUUGUAACAAGGGAAAAAAAUCAUUGUUUUAUACAUAAAUUUAUAUGUAUAUCUUUGUUUAAUGCAGCUGGGGUAUCCUCUUUUUAGGCAAGCAUCAUCUGUUAUACCUACCUAUUUAUAUGAAAUGAUUUCAAAGAAGUUAAAACAUCUAAGAGCUUUUAAUGCCUUAGAGGGAUUUAUAAUUGUAUGCUCCUUGACAUUUAAAAUCUACUUAAGUAACUAUGUCCAUUGCUGCUGAAUGUAACUUUUAAUAAAGUGUGUCAUUUUA